UAAUAACCAAUUAAUUCGUGAUCAGCUCAUCAUUAUAGCCAACCUACACUGUCACUGUGUGGAUCUUUGUCCUAACUACCCCUUGCACAGUGCUCCCCCCUGCUGCCACUCUCAGUGACCACGUGCGCUCGUGCCAAUGCACUACUAUUAUAUUAAUCCAUCUCACUAAUCAAUUCAUUUGCACCAUAAUAUUAUUGAUUUUUCAUUGCAGCUUAUAUAUAUCAGUCAUAUAUAUCGUUGCCAUUGUAACAAGAUCGAUCGAUCGAUCAUGGAGGAGGAGAGGUCUCGGGCCGGCGGCGCCGCCGUCGCCGUCGACGGCGAGUCGCUGCGGCGGCCGGAGGAGGAGGGGGGGAGGAGGAAGAAGGGCGGGUGGAUCACGUUCCCUUUCAUGGCGGUGUCGCUGCUGGCGUUCGGGCUGUCGUCGGCGGGCGCCAUGGGCAACCUGGUGGUGUAUCUGGUGAAGGAGUACCACGUGCCCAGCGUGGACGCCGCGCAGAUCUCCACCAUCGUCUCCGGCUGCAUCAGCGUCGCCCCCGUCGCCGGCGCCAUCGUCGCCGACGCCUUCUUCGGCUGCUUCCCCGUCGUCGCCGUCGCCAUGGUCUUCUCCGUCCUGGCGUUGGUGGUGUUCACGCUAACGGCGAGCGUGCGGGGGCUGAGGCCGGCGGCGUGCGUGCCCGGGGCGACGGCGUGCGAGGCGGCGACGGCGGGGCAGAUGGCGGUGCUGUACGCGGGGGUGUUCCUGCUGUGCGUGAGCUCGGCGGGGGCGCGGUUCAACCAGGCGACCAUGGGCGCCGACCAGUUCGACGCCGCCGCCGACCGCGACGUCUUCUUCAACUGGUACUUCAUCUUCUUCUACGGCUCCGCCGUGCUCGGCUCCACCGUGCUCGUCUACGUCCAGGACGCCGUGUCGUGGGAGCUCGGCUUCGGCCUCGCCGCCACCAUCGCCGCCGCCGGCCUCGCCGCGCUGCUCCUCGGCGCGCGCUACUACCGCCGCCCCGCCGCGCGGGGGAGCCCCUUCACGGGGAUCGCCAGGGUCGUCGUCGCCGCCGCGAGGAAGAGGAAGAUCGACGUCGCGGCGGCGGCGGCGGCGUCGGGCGACUUGAAGUUUUACUACGGCCCACGUAGCGGCGACGGUGACGACGACGGUGGCAAGCCGAGCGACGACAAUAAUUUCGCCCCAAGCGACAGCUUUAGCUUCCUGAACCGCGCCGCGGUGAUCACCGACGGCGACGUGGACGCGGCGGACGCGGCGGCGCCGCUCCGGCCGUGGCGGGUGUGCACGGUGCGGCAGGUGGAGGACCUCAAGGCGGUGCUCCGCAUCCUGCCGCUGUGGAGCUCCUCCAUCUUCCUCAGCAUCUCCAUCGGCGUGCAGCUCAACUUCACCGUCCUCCAGGCGCUCGCCAUGGACCGCGCCAUCGGCCGCUUCCACGUCCCGGCGGCCUCCAUGGUCGUCUCCUCCUUCGUCGCCGUCGUCGUCUCCCUCGGCCUCAUCGACCGCGCGCUCCUCCCGCUGUGGCGCGCGCUCACCGGCGGCCGCCGCGCCCCGACGCCGCUGCAGCGGAUCGGCGUGGGCCACGUGCUGACCGUGCUGAGCAUGGCCGCGUCGGCCGCCGUCGAGCGCCGCCGCCUCGCCACCGUGCGCGCCCACGGCGAGGCGGCGCGGGACGACCCGGCGUGGGUGUCGCCGCUGCCGGCGGCGUGGCUGGUGCUGCCGUUCGCGCUGUCCGGCGCCGGCGAGGCGUUCCACUUCCCGGCGCAGGUGACGCUCUACUACCAGGAGUUCCCGCCGUCGCUCAAGAACACGGCGUCGGGCAUGGUCGCCAUGAUCGUCGCGCUCGGGUUCUACCUCAGCACGGCGCUCGUCGACGCCGUGCGCCGCGCCACCGCGUGGCUGCCGGACAACAUGAACGCCUCCAGGCUGGAGAACCUCUACUGGCUGCUCGCCGUGCUCGUCGCCAUCAACUUUGGGUACUACCUCGCGUGCGCCAAGCUCUACAAGUACCAGAACUUCGGCAAGUAGACACAGCCAUGGCUGCCAUGACCAUGAACAUCUUCAGAGCUCUGUACAUUACAAAAUAAACUGCUGACAUGAUCAAGAUCAUACUAUCACAGAGGUUGUGUGAUCAAUGUAUUAUCGGUAGUGUAUUUCCAUCUUCUUCGUUGAGGAGAAUUGUGCAAGCUAAUUUGCCUA